AUGUCGAGCGACGCGCGCGUCGCCGAGCUCGAUCGACGCGGGUACUACGUCGCCGUCGACGUCCCGCGCGGGGCGACGUUCGCGCUGGACACGGCGGAGUGGACGUGCGACGAACGCUUCGCGGGCGUCAAGGCGCUGACGCGUGGAUUGCACUUCGUCGCCGUGCGCGACGCGAACGAGCGAGGCGCGGGCGAACGCGUGGGAGAGUUCAUCGACGCCGCGCCGGGAAGCGUGGAGAUCCGGAGGUGGGACGCCGCGGUGGAGACGCUGGGGGAGGGAGAGGGGAUGAGCGCGGAGGACGCGGAGCGCGCGCGCGCGGCGACGCGGGAAGGACGAGCGUUCGAUGGAGGGUUAGCGUGGUAUCCGACCGAGGUCGAGACGCGAUGGAUGGGAUUGAGCGGAUGGAUCACGCGGGACAGCUUGCGGAGGUGUGGGGUGGAUUGCGGGACGCGCGUGGUGGCGGGCGACCCGGAGGCGGAGACGCGCGGCGACGAACGGGGAGGAGUGGUGCCGUAUUUCGAUAACAUACAGCGCGCGCCGACGUUUACGGUGAAUGCGGUGCGGAAAAGGCCGAGUGGAAUGACGCCGGCGGAGGUGUCGGCGAUAAAUAUCGAUGCGAACGCGCGGCUGGCGCACGCGGUGGCGUGCUUCGGCGACGACGGCUGGCGCGGGUUGUUGGGAGAGUUUCAACUCGCCUUCGUUCUCUUGAUGGGGCUGUCCUCCAUGGCGGCGUUGGAGCAGUGGAAACAUCUCGCGCACGUGGUGUGCUCGUGCGCGGAGACGGCGGUGUUCGACUAUCCGGAGCUUUACCUCGGGUUUGUCGACGCGCUCGAUGCGCAGCUCGCGCGCGCGGGCGAAGACUUUUUCGUGGACGAUUACACCGAGGACAACUUCUUGCGGCCGUGCAUGGUAGCACUGAUGCGCAUCGACGUCGACGACACCCCGAAGCGAGAAGUCACGGACAUGGAUGUCGAAUCGACGCUGGACGCGAUUUCGAGCAAGCUCGCCGCGCUCGCUCGCGGCGUGCGCGAGAAAUUCGACGUCGACCUCAUCGAGGAAGCUCGCGAGGCGAAGCUCGCGGACUCGAGCGUCGUCGACGCCGAAGAAGACGCCCCGGUCGUCGUCGAGUUGAGUGAGGGUCAUUACAUGGCCAUGAACGCGACCGACGUCGACGUCGAGUCCGACGCCUUCAAAACGGACGCCGAAUCCGGCGCCGAGCGCAUGGGCUGGAUGCGCGCGUACGCGCCGACCAGCGCCGACCACACGCCGAGGAACGGUUCGAAAUUCGUCAACCAACGGGCGUAG